AGACGCGUUCAGAGUGAAAGAGGAGGAGGAUGUUACAGUGAAAGAAGAAGAGAAAGACGUUACAGUGAUAGAAGGACGAGGAGUGAAACUCGAGGAGAAAGAGGAGGAUGCAGUGUUUGGAGUGAAGGAGGAGGGGGAGAUCACCGUCACAGUGGAGGAGGAAGAGGGAGAAUUAGAGAAGACUGCCAAUCUGAUGAACACCAGAGAGAGACCAGACUCUCACUCUGACAGCGAACCAGACCCAGAGAUGUCCAAACCAGCGAGACAACACCACUGCUCUCAAUGUGGAAAGAGAUAUACCCGGUUAUGGAACCUGAAAAGGCAUGAGAAGACACACACAGGAGAAAAUCCUUUCCAAUGCUGCCAGUGUGGAAUGAGUUUUACCCGGUCAGGGUACCUUAAAGACCACAAGAGAAUGCACACAGGAGAGAAGCCUUACCACUGCUCUCAUUGUGGGAAGAGUUGCACCCAGUUAGGGAACCUGAGAACGCAUGAGAGAAUACACAAAGGAGUGAAGCGUAACCAAUGCACAAAAUGUAGAAAGAGUUUUUCUUCUUCAGAAUACCUGGAAAUACAUGAGAGAAUACACUCAGGGGAGACGCCUUACCACUGCUCUCAGUGUGAAAAGAGUUUUACCAGAUUAGGGUCACUGAAACGACAUGAGCGAGCACACACAGGGAAAAAGCCUUUCCACUGCUCCCUGUGUGGAAAGUGUUUUACCAAGUUGGGCAACCUGAAAAAACAUGAGAGGACACACUCAGGAGAAAAGUCUCAUUUUUCCUCAUUGGAUAUUCUGAAAAAACAUAAAAUAAUUAACUCUGAAGUACAACCUUACCCGUGCUCAGACUGUGGGAAGAGAUUUAGCCGCUUAAACCACCUGAGACGCGCAUGA